GCAAUACUGUAGUUACGAAACAACAGUACAUCAAGGAACACAUCACGUAAAUUGUGAAAAGUGUACUAAAAUGUAUUCUUCCAACUGCUGAGCAACCCUCACUUCUACGAAAUUCAUCAUUGAAGACAAGGCAUCCAUAAAACAAUAAUCUAUCAAAAAUUUUUAUUCGAUUUUGAGAAAUACGAGUCCAACGUAUUCAGAAAUAUGAACAAAUUUUCCACAGUGUAAGUAAACAACAAAAGAACUCAGUACCACUUUCUGAAAACUAAUAGAUAACUUCAAGACAACUAACGCGUCUUCUUGGCUAAUGUUAUCCAAUUAUAUUUUCUUCGAUUUCUCGGAAUAUGAUGCAACCUUAAAAGCCUACAAUUACUAAACAUUUACAAAUAAUUGUUAGUUUCCACUCCUUAUCUUUGAUCGAGGACGCCGUCACAGGUAACUUCUGGACUUUUAACCUCAAAGGUCUUUUUUUCUUGUACAAACAAGUAAUUAACGCCUCGCUAGAUAUAACCCACCGAUGCCGCUACGCGAACGUGAGAUAAAAAUGAUUCUCGUUCCUCCAACGGCCGAACAACAGUCGCUUCUGCGAAAACUCAACAACGAAGACAUCGCGUCCAGAGACCGAGACCUCGAAGCCAUCAAGCAAUGGCUGAAGCAAGAACCACAUCUCCCCGAUGCUCUCGACGACGACGCCCUGCUGAAUUUCCUCCGCUGGGGCAAAUUCUCCCUGGAAAAAACUAAAAAACGCCUGGAUAAGUACUUCACGGUGCGGAAUGCCUUCUCAGAUUUUUACACCCGCAGAGACAUCACAAGGCCCGAACUUCAACUAGAUCCUCAAAGUUUCACGUGGACACCACUCCCGGUGCUCAGCCCUGAGGGUCGACGCAUCUGUGUUGCAACUUCCCCCAGGUGCGACUUCCAUGCCGAAGACACCAUUAGUUUUGCGAAAAUUGUGGUGAUGAUGGCCGAUAUUCGGGUCUAUGUCGAGGAAGGGGUUCAUGAUGUCUAUAUUCUUGAUGCAAGCGCUGUUUUGUUGAAAAAUUUGCCCAACGUUUCUAUUUCUACUAUCAAGAGUUUCUUGAUUUGUGCGCUGGAAGCUUAUCCUGUUAGGAUAAAGGAGUUACAUAUUAUCAAUGCCACUCCUUUGGUGAGUGCGGUGAUGAAGUGGGCCGCGCGUUUUGUCAAAGACAAAUUGAUGAAACGUGUUAAGAUUCAUGAUAGUUUAGAAUCGCUGCAUGAGUGCUUUUCGAAAGAUUUGUUGCCGGAGGAGCUAGGUGGUACUGCAGGGAAGUUGGCCCAUUUUAGAAAACAGUGGAUGAGUACAUUGGAAGAGUACAUGGAGUGGUUUAUAGAAAAAGAAGACUUGAAGGCUGACGAAUCAAAGCGUGUGGAAAAAGAUGUAACUUGUGGAGGGCUGUAUGGAGUGGAUGGAACUUUCAAACGGUUGACGAUUGAUUGAAAUUAGUUCGGUGUUUUAAUUCCUACUGUAUUUUUUUCUAAUAUGAUUUAAUAAAGUU